AAACUGUAAAAGCUUCUAAGCCAGGUGGCGGGUUUUGGUGUAAAGUCUUUGAUAUGCUCCUCGGAACUGCUUCGUAUCGAAAACUUACCUGAUAACAUCGGAGAAAGAAAGGAAAGUAGCCGGAGUUUAAGUCUUAAGAUUUCGAAUUGAGAAUGGCUACGCUCACUGAAAUAGCAACUCUCGAGGAAAAGUAUAUUGAAUUAUGCAAGCAGCAUGGAAUCCUACCCAGCACUGCCAUUUUAUCUGCUUUCUUUGAGGCGGAGGUUAAAAAGUCAAGGAAUCAAAGAUGCAUCAUGAACCUUUAUGUGGAUAGAGUGAAGUAUGAUGACUAUCACCCGCUUCUCGAGUUAAGCAGUGAGAUCAACACAUCUGAGGUACAAGGAAUUGAUCUCUUUGUGAGAUCCUCUUGUUCUUUAGAAGAUCAUUAUGCAUUGUCCUUAAUCCGUUCUCUCAAUCAAAAACUCCGAGUUGUUCAUCUACAUGACUCUUUCGGGAAAAACUUCUGGCGGGAUGUUUUCUUUAAAGGUUUGAGCUGCAAAGUUUUGAAUGUGAGGUCUUUGCAUUUCCAUAAGCUUAACAUCGUAGGAGAUUUCUCACAGCUGCACACCCUUGUACUCGAUAACAACCGUAUUGUUGGUUUUGGGGAAGGCUGUUUUUCUUGCAUGCCCAAGUUGACAUAUCUUUCGAUGUGUGACACUCUAGUGUCAGAUCUUUGGACAUCAGCUGCUGCUCUCUUGAAACUCCCUUCUCUUAAGGAGCUCCGGUUUCAAAUUUGGAUCUCUUGCAGUGAUUCUAGCUCGAUUAAAUCACAGUCAUCGCCAUCAUCAUCUACCAGGGACGAUAAAAACACAUUUAUUGAAUCAAACCCUCCCAUUGAAGCAGAUAUUUGGGAGGUUGUUGAACAGAUGGAUCCUAGUUUACCUAUUGAAGAGACUCUUCAUAGCAUGGAUUUCUCGUAUAAAAUUCCAGAGCAUGAUGAUUUGGGUUCACGUAUCUCCUUGUCUUCAGAAUUGUAUGGAGAAGUGAUCAUGAGAGAAGAGGUUAGGAAAGGGAAAAUUCAGUACGUGCCCAAAGAUGUUUCACCCGUUGGUUCGUUCACAAGGAAAUUUGGGAAUGUUGGGUUGAAAUAUAUUUCCUCUAAAGCAUCACCUAUAUGUUCUGAAAAGCAUUACAGGAUGUACAUGAUAAACUCUCUGCCCAAAUUAAAAGUGUUGGACAAUUUGGCUAUCAGAAAGAGUGAUAGAGACAGGGCCAUUGAAACAUAUUCUGCAAACUUCGAGGACUUACCGUACAGAAGAAAGAAGGAAAGUGUAGUUAGAGUCCUUGAGAAGCGUGAAACAAGAUCAAGCAUAGGGAAAUCUCAGAAUUCUUAUAAAAGAUCGCUUUGCGCAGCUAAAAUGGGCUCGUCUGCUUCGCCUCUCUUGCAUUCACUUCCUUUUUUGGGUAGUGGGAUUUAUCAGGACGAUGAUAACAGUCAAUUAAGUCCAAGGCAGUUUGAGUACCAUCCACUGGAUCCUAGCCUAAUGGUAUUUGGGACUUUGGAUGGCGAGGUGGUUGUUCUCAAUCAUGAAAGCGGGAAAAUUGUCCGUUACAUCCCAUCUCAUGGAUCUCAAAGUAGCAUCUUGGGACUUUGCUGGCUUAAGCUUUAUCCAUCUAUGGUUAUAGCUGGCUCAGCCAAUGGCUCAUUGAAGCUGUACGACAUCCAAAAAGCGUCAUCAGUGGUUACUACUAAUAGUCACGUAACUUCUGGUUCUGUCACUUUUGAUGACUUUGACCAAUUAACUUCGGUUCAUGCUAAUUCGACGGACCAACUAUUUCUUGCUAGCGGAUACUCAAAGGAUGUGGCUUUGUAUGACAUUGGUAGUGGAACACGCCUACAGGUUUUUGCUAAUAUGCAUCAAGAGCAUAUUAACGUAGUGAAAUUUUCUAACCAUUCCCCGUUUCUUUUUGCGACUUCGUCUUUCGAUAAAGAUGUUAAGCUAUGGGAUUUGAGACUAGAGCCAUCCCGACCAUGCUACACUGCUUCUAGUACCAAAGGAAAUGUGAUGGUUUGCUUUUCUCCAGAUGAUCGGUAUCUUCUAGCAUCAGCCGUGGACAAUGAGGUGAGGCAGCUUUUGACAGUUGAUGGAAGGCUUCAUCUGAACUUUGAGAUAGUCCCAAGAGUAAGCUCCAUGAACUAUACUCGAUCAUACUACAUGAAUGGUAAUGACUACAUCAUCAGUGGAAGCUGCGAUGAGAAUGUGGUCCGUGUUUGUUGUGCUCAAACUGGAAGGCGCCUUAGGGAUGUAACGCUAGAGGGAAAUGGCUCCGACUUUUCCAUGAUGUUUGUUCAGUCGCUACGCGGUGACCCUUUCAGGGAUUUUAACAUGAGUGUUUUGGCUGCAUACACACGGUCGAGCUCAGUGUCUGAAAUAGUCAAGGUGAAUAUGUUAGCGGGAAGAGAUUCUACAGAAGAAGAAGCUCAUGGUCUACGUUCCUUCCCUUCAAAUAGCAUGGGAGGCUGAAGAUUAAACAGACAGAGGUUUCUUUAUCAUUUGGUUCCUUUACUACAGCUAAAACGGAACACAAGUGACUUUAUUGUAUCAAGUGUCUUCGGAAACUGUAUGUCUGUAUGAUUCGGUAGAGGCAUAUUUGUUGUAUACUGUACCUGUAUUUUGUACUAGUAAAGAAUACAAUGAAAUGAAUAUAAAAAUGCUGUAAAAGAAAGAACAAACGAAAACGUUGUUUUCUUCGUUACUGGUAAAAAAAUAGUGUUUAGGUCGAA